AAUCCUAGAACAGACAGAGCAGACCACAUCAAGCAAGGAAGAGCAAAAUCCGUCGCUGGAAUCGUCCAAUAUUUCUUAUUCUGUAUUUAGAGACGAGGAUUACCAAUUUUGGGGAAGUUCUGAAUGGAUACGCACAUUGGCAGUAUAUUAUGAUGUGCCAAUUUCACUGCUAAAUUUGAAUGCAGUUUUACAAAAUGUCAGGGAAUUAAGUUUUGUGUGACAAUUGUUUUUAUUGGAAACAUGGACUAAUACGCAGCGAAGAGUGAUUUUUUUCAGUGUCUUGGAAUAAUGAUUUAUUCCGAGAUUGAACGUGUAUUUGGGAUUUAAACUAAAUUAACCAGUAUUUUUGUAGUAGUCUAUUUGUAGUUUUAAUCAAGUGCCAAGUCAUGGAACUAUUAUUCGAAAUUCUGUUUGUAACUGCUUUUGUCACUUUGAUUCAGGUUAAUGGCGAAGUAGUAAAGCCAAAGCCAUCCAAGCAUCCAGGCCUCCAGGUGUUAGGCACAGCCUCACACUAUUGGCCGCUGGAUAAGGUGGACGGGAUCCAUGGAUUGUGGGACCAGAUUGGAAACAGACCAGGUCAUGUUAAUGGAAGUAAUAUAAACAUAGUUGAAGGGAUGGUCAACAAGGGGAUCUAUCUGAAUGGAGAUAAUGGAGGCACAUUUCUCCACUUUGGGAACUACCAGAACACCUGCAUUAGUGACCCCACUCUGUGUGGCCCUGAGGGGAUUACAUUUUCCUUCUUUUGGAAGAACCAGGAGGCAGAGUCCCGUUUUGCAAUAGUCUCUGGAGGGAAAGUCAUCUCCAAUGGCUUCUCUGUCUAUGCCAAUGCCUACAUUGGAUAUGUGGAGUUCUACACACGAGGAAACUUCAAGAGGUGGAGGGCUAACAUCAAUAUACUAGGGCCCUUCUGGACCCACAUUCUGUUCACCUGGACCCUGAAGGAUGGUCUCAACAUCUACAUCAAUGGGACAUUCAACACCAGUGACCCCACUGGCAAUGUGUCUAUGAACUAUGGAGACCCUUACCCUGACCUGGUCAUUGGGACAGGAAAUGACCAGUCCUAUGGACACCAUUUGACAGGAGCCUUUGAUGAGUUUAUCAUCUGGGAGAGGGCUCUGUCACCACAGGAGAUCCUUAUGUACUACAAGGCUGCCAUAGGUGAUGCUUGGACUUAUCCUACCACAGCAAGUGUUCCUAAAGAAGUCUCCUCUACGACACAAACACCGGGAGUCACAGAUGUGUCCUAUUCUAUCAACACCAGGCUGAGUGAGGAGAUCCACAGCUCCCAAGACUCUCUGCCCAUGCAAGGCUUCCUGGAGUUUCUGCCAUUCAGCCUGCCCAACAAGACCAUCCCCCAAGACACUGCCAACAACCUCACACAGGCCUUUCUGAAGAGUGUGGGGGAAGUGCUGUCUUCUGAAGUGGCUCGAGAGGAUGAGGAGUCCACCCCUGUGGUCAGUGGGCUGAUUGAGACAGUGGACAAAGUGAUGGUCCAGAUGGUGUCCAGCCUGGAGUCCAGCCCCAGCCCUCACUCUCUCAUCUCACUGGGAGGAAAGUCCUUUGUAGCAGAUUACUCUCUAAUGAAGAUCCCACAGAACUACAAUCUUCCACUCUACCGCUUCCCCACGCAAGGAAAGAACUACAUCUCAGUGCCUGGCGAGGCAUUCACCAUGCAGUCCCAAACCACCAUUGUGGGUGUGUUCUACCACAACAUGCACAACUACUACACAGGGAUCAGCCCCCUCAGGACCAGGAUCAACGAGGCGGCUGAUUUCAAAGACCAUAAGAUCCAGGUGGCUAGUUUCCUCAUCUCACUGAAGGUGGAGCCAUCGCCUGCCCUGUCCGUCAACCUGUCUGGGUCUCCGCUCAUCAAGAUCGUCCUCACACACAUCCUGAACAGGGAUCAGCAGGGUCAAGCCUUAAACCAGAGCAACAAAGUGUACCUCUACUGUGCCUUCCUCGACUACAGUUCAAAGGAGGGUGUUUGGUCCAAUGAGGGCUGUGUGCGGUCCGAAGGGAACAUGUCCUACUCGGUGUGUCUGUGUAAUCAUCUCACCAACUUCGCCAUCCUCAUGCAGGUGGUGCCCAUGGAGCUUUCCAAGACCCACCAGGUGGCGCUAUCAACCAUCAGUUACGUUGGCUGUGCCAUCUCCAUCUUUUGUCUGACCAUCACUCUGGUGACGUUUGCAAUCCUGUCGACAGUGAGCACUAUCUGUAACCAACGCUACCACAUCCAUGCCAACCUGUCCUUUGCCAUUCUGGUUGCCCAGAUCCUGCUGCUCAUCAGCUUCCGCUUUGAUCCGGGCACGCUGCCCUGUAAGGUGAUGGCUGUGCUGCUCCACUUCUUCUUCCUGAGUGUGUUUGCCUGGAUGCUGGUGGAGGGCCUGCACCUCUACAGCAUGGUCAUCAAGGUUUUCGGCUCCGAGGGCAGCAAGCAUUUCUACUACUACGGGAUUGGCUGGGGGUCUCCACUGGUGAUCUGUGUGGUUUCUAUGACAUCAGCCUUGGACAGCUACGGAGAGGUUGGGAACUGUUGGCUGUCUUUGAAGAUCGGGGCUGUUUGGGCCUUUGUGGCACCAGCACUGUUUGUCAUUGUGGUGAAUAUUGUGAUUCUUAUAUCUGUGACAAGGAUCAUCUCUCGUAUUAGUUCAGAGAAUUACAAGGUUCAUGGAGAUGCCAACUCAGUCAAGCUGACUGCAAAGGCAGUGGCUGUACUCCUUCCUAUUCUGGGCAUCUCCUGGAUCUUUGGGGUACUGGCCAUCAAUGAUCACUCACUGAUGUUCCAGUACAUGUUUGCUGUGUUCAACUCAUUACAGGGAUUCUUUAUUUUCCUGUUCCACUGUCUUCUCAACUCUGAGGUCAGAGCUGCCUUCAAGCACAAAACCAAGGUGUGGUCGCUUACCAGCAGCUCCAUUCGCAAUAUUAAUGUGAAACCCUUCAACUCUGAUGUUAUUAAUGGAAACAGAGGAGGCGUGAGCCCCACAAAGAUGAACACAUGGGACAAAAGCACCUACUCAGCCAAUCGGAUCGACCUGUCCGCUGUGUAAAACUACAGGACUUCGGAUCCAGUAAUGGCGGAAGUAGGAUGCCAUGCCAACCUUGGGUUCACUAGUUCACUAGAUUCAUUGACAAACACUUGCUUAAGUAUUGUGUUGUUGCCCACUGUUAUAUGUGAUGUAUGAUCCACUCUCAUGGACUUUAAAGGAAAAGCCUUAGAUAAGGGUGUGUGUUGUGGUGUAGCUACAUAGUCAGGAUGUCAUGCGUCUUCAUGUAGAGCUCUAUACACAGCCUCCCCCUCCCUUACUCCUCCACUGUGCAAUGAUUUGAUGUAAAGCUGUAACCCCAAAGGGACAUCAGCACACCCUGAAGACAAAACAGACUCAAGGGACUGUGCCUUUCAACUUCUCUAAUAAAAGACAGCUGGCCAGACGCAUAUGCACUCUUAGAAAAAAGGGUUCUUCUGCUGUCCCCAUAGGAGCACCCUGUUUGGUUCCCACGUAAAACACUCUGUGGAAAGGGUUCUACAUGUAACCCAAAAGGGUUCUACCUGGUAACAAAAAGGGUUCUACAAAGGGUUCACCUAUGGGGAAAGCUGAAGAACCAUUUUAGGUUGUAGAUAGCACCUUUUCUUUCUAAGUGUAGGGAUGGGAAUUCUGAGGGGACUUUGUGAGAUUGUAAGAGCCCUUGGUCUUGAGAAUUUAAAACAUGCCAUUAACUGUUUCAGAUUGUUUGUGUCCAACAGUGUAUUAUGUCUUGAAAUGUUUCUUCCCAAGUAUUUGUCAUGAAUAAUUAUCCAUUUGACCAGAGGCUAUCCAAUGUUUUGCAUUGGUAUAUUUUGUGAUAUGUAAACAUACUUUAGCUUUAACUUUGAGUUUUAUUGUUACUUUCAGAAUGAAUUAUGGUUUUGACAAGUCACACUGGAGGCUAUAACAGCCUGGUAAUGGGUUUGUGCAGGAUGGUUAUUCUACUACAGGGUCCUAGCUGGAUGGUACAUUAAGCAUUAUGUGUUGAACCAACCAAUGAAAGAAUAAAUAACAAUGUUCUUCUUUUCUGAAAUAUUUAAUGUCCAGAAAGUGCAAAACAUUGAAUCUGGCACCAAACAAACGUAACUUAGCACGCACGUACAUACAUACAGGGAUGAAUACUUUCAUGUAAAAAGUGUAAUCAAAUGAACACCUCCACAGUUUAAUGUAUUUAUUUAUGGAUCUUGUCAUUUAAAUUUUUUUAAAUUUGCAAAGCAUCAGAGCACACAAGUCACAAUGUUUGAUACUCUGCCUCUCUUGAAGUUCUUUGUUGUUUCUUCUGACAAUGAUGAGUUGAGAUGAGUUGACAAUGCUAUUUCCGAAUGUACCUCAUGUCUCUCUGUAAGCUGCAUUAUUUCAUGCUUUUUUAUAAAAUAGAGAAUUAUUGCAUUAGACAUAGUUCUGUGAAUUUGUAUUUGUUUUCAUUUAUCUUUUUAAAUUACACAGAUCAUUAGAUUUUUUUUUUGUCAUGAUUUGUCUUUGAGGAUACAUAGUAAUAGCAUACACAUGUAUUUCACAAACAUGAGUCCAAAGUGUAUUCUUGUUCAGUUUCGCUGAGAUUGGAGAUGUCUUGUUUAAAUUCUUGAUUGUUCUGACACUGUACCAACACUUAGUCUCCUACAAUAGGAUUUACUUUAUGAAAUCAUUUAAAAGCACUUCCUAGUCUUUCAGAACAGACCAUUCUAUCAUAUGGACUGCAUUUGUUUGUUCUACAGUACUUCCUAUGUUCAACGUUUCUCUCUUAUUUCUGUUGUGGAAUAAAAAUACAAACAAAAAAUGGAUUGAAUGUAAUUCCUCUGUCAACUGUCCUCAGUAGCUAAUGUAUGUAAAAAAUCUAAUAAAAACUACUGUUACACCUGCA